AGCUAAGUAAUAGUUGUAAUUGCACAGAAUGAAUAAUCACAUACCAAGUUUUUAUACUAUGAUGUCUUAUCGGUCUUUUGGUUCAAAACAAGCGUUAAAACGUCGGUCACGUCGUAUUCGUGGUUUGCCACCAAAUGCAGAAAUUCCAGACUGCCAUUCAGGUACUUCAUAUUCCAUAUGCCACUUUUUGGAAACGAGGGAAAAUGGCUUACCUGAGAAGUGCCAGGUAAAUAGUGAUGGAAUAAUGCAUACUCUCUUGCAACGGAAAUUAUUAAAAGAAUAUCGCAUUAGUCUUCCGAUUGGAGUCAAUGGCAUAGUGUCUUCCAACUGGCUUAGUCGUCAUAAAGUUAUAUUUAGUACCAGUGACAAUAAGCUGUUCACGUACGAUGUGAACAAAAAAUAUGCUCAAGAGAUAGAAAACUUUUGUUGUUGGAAUACACAUUAUAAUCGAAUGGAGAUAAUGGAGUUAAAUCCAAGUAAAACUUUGAUUGCUGUAUCAGCAAAAUGUGAUUACGAACUAAUGAUCUACCAAGUACCUGGGCUAAAUCCAAUGGUAUUAUGCAUCCCUCCGGCUUAUUUAAUGAGCAUUUUCUAUGUGUCAUGGAUAAAUGACACAACUCUGCUGGCAAGCUGUGGUGCUACUGUAUAUAUAUGGGAUAUCUCUGAAGAAAAUUUUGAAUAUGUAAGCAAUAGAUAUAUUCCCGUAACGCGUAUUAAAUCUAAAUCCGAAGAUUUUUUGUUGAAUGGUGGUAUAUGCUACAAUGCGAAACAUGGACAAUAUAUCACAAUGGGUGCAUUAGGUAAAGUGUAUUUGUUUUGUGUUGAAACUUUGAAGAAAAAACUCUUAUUCCAACUCGAGAAUAGUGCAGUGGUUCGCGAGUUAAGAUACCAAAUUUAUGUUGCAACUCAAGGGGACAUUUUAGUCAGUUACGGAAGUUAUUCUUUCACCUUAUAUGAUAUACGUGCCCCACUAUGCUGCCAAACUGUUUACCACUUUCCCAAUGAUUCGUACAUUAGGAAGUGCGGCUUUCUCAACGAUUACAGCAUUAUAACUUGUGGAGAACAGCCGUUAACGUUGUAUGAUAUACGUCACGACAUGACUCGAUUUAAUAUUAGUGCUGUCGGCUCAGUUACGACGAAUUCUCACGGAGCCCCAACUGUAUAUACUUACUCCUACGACUCUGUUGGUUGUAGAAUAUUCACUGGUGGCGAACAUGGUUAUGGAGCAUUGUGGACAUAA